AUGGACAUCACGACCAUCCUGAACAGGAAGAACUCUGUCGCCGCAGCCGCAGCCGCCGAAGCGCAACUCCAACAACACUACAUGCAGCGGAGUGCACAGUUGCACCCCCAGGCCUCUCCAACCAUGAAGGCCGAACCGGGUGCCUCGGACACUCCUGUCAACACAUAUCCUCCUCAUGCUCCGCCCCCCGUCCACAUGGACUCGGGGAUGCCCGAUCCCUUCUACUAUGCACAGCCUCCGGGUUCCACGCCCCGGAAUAUGGCCUAUGUCCCUGGGGGACCUUUCAUUGCUCAACAUGCAACAAAGGGAUUCGCUCGACGUAGCGACCUUGCACGGCAUGAGCGAAUCCACACUGGAAUCAGGCCCCACGCCUGCGACUGGCCUGGAUGUGGGAAGCAGUUUAUCCAACGCUCAGCAUUGACGGUACACUCUCGCGUACAUACCGGAGAAAAGCCGCACAUGUGCGAGCGAUGCGGCAAGCCCUUCAGUGAUUCUUCAUCGUUGGCCAGACAUCGCCGCAUUCAUUCCGGGAAGCGACCCUACAAGUGCCCGUACGCCAAUUGCCAGAAAACUUUCACUCGACGCACGACAUUAACACGGCAUCAAAACCAUCACACUGGGACAAUCGAGGAAGCGGCCGCUGAAACUGAGGCUCAGCUACGCCAAAACAAGGAUCGGGGGCGAGGACAGGAGGGCAUGUUCCCGGAUCAUGGCUCAAUCCAAUCGACUCCGUCUCCUGCACACCACCCGUCCUUGUCGCCCGGCGGUGACCUUCCUCCACUGAAUAUGCACCGGUCAGGCGGAGACUACUAUAUGGGCAGUGGUCCUAUCCCGCCGCACGUGCGAGGUGAUUUCUCACAAGGCAGUCCUCGGGCAUCUCCCACGACAACUUCGCCCUCUCUUUCAAGUUUCGGCAGUGCACCCCACUCCCGGCCAGCCAUGACCUCGCAUCCUUAUGCUCCGCCGCAGCCUCUCGAGCCGCCGGCCAACAAUGACCACCGGCCGAACAGUGUGAGCGGAAGCCCUCACAUGACUAGUUUGGGAUGGGCCUCGCCAUCUCAUGCCGGCAUGCCUUCGCCGGGAUCGGCCAACGACUUCACCUAUCCCGAGCCGAGUGGCCCGGCCUACCCAACGUCCAUGCCCCCCACACAUGUAUUUCCCCAACUCCACCAUCCGUCGACCGACCAGCACUGA